CGCGGCAGAUCCACAGAACUCAUCGAAUCUAAUUGUACUCACAGUCAAUCAGCGGGUCUUGCACCCCUUUGUGAGUCAAGGGCGGUGAUCCAGGCCAAUGUCCGAGGAAAUCCGAAUACUGAUGUUGAGGUGGGGGAAGCAGAGAUAAAAGCCCCUCAUCGACCCUCUGCAUUGCGGCUGCAAACCGAACCAAACUUUCAAGCUCAGCUCAGCUCUUCAACACCAUCAUAUUGUGGUCUCAAGAGCUAUACACAUCUAAACCUCGAAUCGAACACCACAAAAUACUCAAUCGCUACAACAUACACAGCAAAAUGCCUUCCCUCAACGGACGUGAAAUCGGCCCUACCGGCUACGGAACCAUGAGAAUGACCUGGGUCCCUCAGCCUCCCUCUCUCGAGCAAUGCUUCGAAACCCUGAACACCACUCUCAAGCUAGGAGCCAACUUCUGGAACGCCGGCGAGCUCUACGGCACGCCCGAUUACAACUCCUGCCACCUCCUGAACAAGUACUUCACCAAGUACCCCGAGAACGCCGAGAAGGUCGUCCUGAGCAUCAAGGGUGGCUUGAAGCGUGGAGAGCUUACCCCCGAUAGCUCCGAGGCCAACAUCCGCCGGAGUGUGGAGGAGUGUCUGCGCGUGCUGGACGGAAAGAAGAAGAUCGAUAUCUUCGAGUGCGCUAGACAGGAUCCCAACGUGCCGGUGGAGCAGCAAGUGAGCACUCUGGCACAAUAUGUCAAGGAGGGCAAGAUUGGAGGUAUUGGUCUGAGUGAAGUCGAUGCAGAGACUAUUCGCAGAGCUCACAAGGUCCACCCGAUCGCAGCGGUAGAGGUUGAAUUAUCCCUCUUUGAUACCACGAUCCUCAACAAUGACGUCGCUAAGGUUUGCGCUGAGCUCAACAUCCCCGUUGUGGCUUACUCGCCUUUGGGCCGGGGCGUGUUGGCGGGUGCUUUCACCAGUCUGUCUGAGAUCCCUGAGGGUGAUUUCCGUAGAACGCUACCCAAGUUCCAGGAGGAUGCCAUGAAGGAGAAUAUCAAGCUGGUCAACGAGGUCAAGGACCUGGCGACGCGGAAGGGCGUGGCUCCUGUCCAGAUCGCCCUGGCUUGGAUCCUCACGCUGAGCGGCAAGCCGGGAAUGCCCACCAUUAUCCCCAUUCCUGGUGGUACGACGGUUGACAAGGUUACUCAGAACCUGGAGGGAGUCCCUCGCCUUAGUGAUGCUGAGAUGGACGAGCUUAAGGGUAUUCUGGACCGGAUUCAGGUGAUCGGAGCUCGCUACUAAGCUACGGUUGUAUGGUAUUCACACGGCGUAUAUUUGGUAGUUUGUUGAUACUGAAAAUGAUAUCAUUGCUAUAUAUAUGGUAUAGUAUAGGAGAGAUAGUAUGAUCCUGAAUAAGCCAGAACUGUCAGCUUGUGUUGACAAGGCAAAAGUGGAAAGCUUCAUGGACACAAUCAAAACAGACGAAGGGUCAGAUCAAGUGUAGAAGAGUCAACAUGCAAUCUCACAAAAAGGAGGAGAUUGUCAGGAUUGCAGAAUUCUUGAUUAAUUCAUCAUGGAAGUUGCGGCAGAUUCAAAACACAAUAAAGUGGUAGGAAAUUGGCGGCAACUUACCCUGCUCAACACUGUGUGGGCAGGAUCUGUUGAACAGAUCACGAAAACAAGGAACAAUUAGCUAAAAAGUAGCUUAAGUAACCCCUGAGAGAGAACCGAGUCACAUUAGAUCUCAAGGUGAAGUCUCCAGUGUGCAUUUUCCAGUCUCUAAGACCAG